GUUAUGUUGUGUAGGAUGACAACUUCGGGCAUUUACGAAAAGUUUACACCAGGCAGCAUUAAUGAGAAAUAUCGAGUACAAAGUUUUGUACAAAGUAAAAUAUAAUUACUACAAAUUAAUCAAGUUUGCACACAAAACAGAAUCAGUCCAUUUUAAAUUUAGGUAUACUUUUGUAAUUUAAAAUAAUGGAUGGGGGAGAAAAUAGAGAGUUACGUCGAAGCAAUGUAGCUGUAAUUAGGGAAGUGUAUGAUGGGCAUGACUCCCAACAGUACUUUCAAUUAGAGCUCGAAAAAGCCCUCGACAGUUGCUGCUCUGUUAUUAUAAUUGAACCUACCCAACUGGGUGAUGAAACAGCCCAUUGGAUUACUAUGGGCAAUUUUUUACACAAAGCCGCAGUUGUUACUGGAGUAACUUCCAUUGUUUCAGGUUUUGCUUGGACUGAUAGUUGUAUGCCUCAAAUGCCUCUUGCUGGACUUUCUCUAGUGUGUACAAGUCUUUAUACAGCUUCAUGGCAGUUCGAUCCCUGUGUAAAGUAUCAGGUAGAGAGGGAUCCAAGAAAACUAUCAAGGCUGCCUAUACUGGGGGCACUGACGGCAGCAUCGCCCGUAGUUCUGGUGCGCAAAGACGAUACCCGUAGGAAAAUUUUGCAUUGUACCAUUUCAUUGGCGGCCGCGGCCAUAUGUUUUUAUAGGUUAUAUUGGAAAUAGUACAAAUGUUAGAGAAAAAACAUCUAGCUCAACGCAAUAGUGCGCUGGUUGAUGAAGUUUACUGUCAAUAAUAUAAGCAACAGAAAAAGAAUCGCCCAGGGUGUGAUUUGGUUUGAGAAAAAAUUUCAUCAAACGGAGUUGCUAGUUCAGAUUUAUGGACAAAAACUGUAGGAAACAAUAGUUACGAAUGUUACCCCAAUUUUAUUGGUAAAAAAAUAUACAUAUUUUUCUUUUA